AUGCCAAAGGAAAUCAAAGAAAUCAAGGAAUUCCUUGUCAAGGCCCGCAGAAAGGACGCCAAGUCGGUCAAGAUAAAGAGAAACAGCAACAACACCAAAUUCAAGGUCCGAUGCAGCAAGUACCUUUACACCUUGGUUGUUGGAGUGAGUUGGUUUUUGGGAUGGCUUUUGGGAGAGAAGGCUCUCGGCUUUUAGCGUGAAUGAAGUCUUGCAAGUUCUCGAGCAUGGAAUUUUUCUCAAAAUAGUAAAUUCUGAAGCUUGCAAGGGUUUAUUCAUCCUAACGUACGAGUCUUCUAAAAAUUCGAAAUGAAAUCUAAAUUUUCGAAAUGGUUCAUUAUUUUGGCGUGAACUCUGUAAUGAAAACUAGAAUUUCUUUUAUUUUUAAUUUCCAAAAUUCUUAGUUUUUAUGGAAGUAUUAGUAAUUUCAAGCGAAGUUUUGUAUCAAGCUUCUUUCCAUGUUCAAAAGCACAAAAAGAUGCUUCAAAGAUCAAGUCUUGUUGAAAAUACCGCUCGUUUUCUCAAGACCAACUUCAUCUCGCUAAAUUUGAUUCUGAAAUUCAAAAAGUUCUGAUUACUUUCUUCAAUAAAUCAUUUUUUCCAGGACAAGGAUAAGGCCGAGAAACUCAAGCAAUCCCUUCCACCAGGCAUUCAAGUCAAGGAGCUCAAGUAA